ACACGAACACGCACUCACACGCGCGCGCGCAUACACACACUGUCUCUCUUUCUCUGGUCGGGAAAAACCCGAGCUGGAGGAGAACCGGUAUCCAGAAAAAGGAGGUCCUUCCUCCGCUUAGGAGACGGUAGCAGAGCCAUUUGGAGAAAUAUAUUAAGCAAAAAGGAAAUAAUAAUAAUAAUAAUAAUAAAAGUCCACACGCGCUGCGGAAGAGAAGAAGGAAAAGGCGGAUGUGCCUCCGAACGCGCCGCGGAUGCCGCCCUCCGGACCCCCUUAAUGCCAAGAUUGUGUUGUCAUUGAUUGAACAUGUUGAGGUUACCUGGACAGACAGCACACAGAAGAGAAAGGCAUCUGAAGUUGUCACACUAGUUAAGUGACAGUUUUGGUCACGUUUAUGCAGAUGUUCCAGUCAAACUAGCAUGAAGGAUUUCUCAAUGUUGUCCAAAACUUAACGUGGAAUCCGUGACGUCUUUGCUGUUUUUUGUCACACCUGAUUCUGGCGGAUAUGUACAGGAAGGAUAUGGCUGCACACGUAUCAACUAUUCACUACGUUUUAUUUCAUUACACAGGUCCGAUCCCGGCCGAGCGAGAGGGUGAGCUGGCCAUGGGGGUGGGUCGCAGCGAAACCUCUCCGCUGAGCGGGCCAGCGGUGCAAGGCCUGAACACGACCCAAAAUUCUCAGCGGCCGAGCACUUGCUGCUUCUGCUGGUGCUGCUGUUGCAGCUGCUCAUGUCUUAAUAUCAGGAAUGAAGAUGAGAGGAGGAGACGAAGGAGGAAGAGGAUAUCACAGGACAACAAGAUGGAAACAAUACCAAACUUUGAAGCUUGCACUAAACCUUCAGCGGAGGAAAUGCAGCUCUGGUCUCAGUCCUUUGACAAGCUGAUGAGGAACCCGGCGGGACGCAAUGUUUUUCGGGAGUUUUUGCGCACAGAGUACAGUGAGGAGAACAUGCUGUUCUGGCUGGCCUGUGAAGACCUCAAGCAGGAAAAGAACAAGAAAUCCAUUGAGGAGAAGUCGCGCUCCAUCUAUGAGGACUAUAUUUCCAUACUGUCACCAAAAGAGGUGAGUCUGGACGCUCGCGUACGAGAGGUGAUCAACAAGAAGAUGCAGGACCCGACGCCUCACACUUUCGAGGACGCCCAGUUGCAGAUCUACACGCUGAUGCAUAGGGACUCCUACCCACGAUUCCUCUCCUCCAGCAUCUACAAGUCGCUCCUUCACGGCAACUCACGCAGCUCCUCUGAGUCCUAGUCCUGCCCUGUCGACACGCCUCCCCUCCGACCAUUUCAGACCCUUCAGGUGAAACUGCCCUUACCCCAAAUUUAUGCCGUGACUGCCAAGACUUGACAGUGGCUAAAACACCUUCAGUCCACUUUUGUCUCAACUGCCCUCUUGUGUACUUCCCCCUUUUCUCCACCUUCCUUUUUAAUCAGUCUUUUCAUUCUUUAAAUAUCUCUGCUCAUUUUCUAUCCAACAUACUGUAAAAACCCACGAAUGACACGCAUUUGCUUGAAAAACAAAACAAAACAAAAACACCCCAAAUCAAGCGACUUGAUGAGAAAAAUGUUCACAAUGUUUAGAUGUUUACCAGUACCUAGGCAGUAGCUAUGGGUCAUUUGUAUUCUACAUGGGGGUGCGUUAUUCAUGGGAUUUUACAGGAUUUAUUUAUUCAUUUUAGAAGUGAAACUGCUAAUUAGAGAUGAUUAUCAUCCGACACAAUUUUUUUUUGGGUCCAUUUGAAAAUCGCACAGAACAUAUUCGACAAUCCGUAAUGAACUAGGGCUUCAUAUUUCCCUCAAAAUCCAAAGAGGACUGCAAGUAGCGCUGAAUCACUUUCACCAACCGAAGCAAUUCAAUUCCCUCACAAGAACGCGCGGAGACUAAAAUGUAUGUCGCUACGAUGUGUACAGUAACAGAUCUUAAAAUCCCACCAGAAACCCUAGAACAAUAUUGGCACUAUAAUAUUUCGAUUUUGAUUAGUGUUAUUCAAUACGGACAACAGCCACGGAUGUACUUAGUUUUCUCCUACAUUCCGAAGGCAUGCAGUGCAUGUUAGGUUCAUCAAAGACUCAAAAUUCUUCAUAUGUAUGAAUGUCAGUGUUACUGGUUGUGCCCCGGCGACCUGUCCAGGGUGCACCUCACCUCUUGUUCAAAAUCUCCUGGUAUAGGCUCCAGCUUUGUCAAAUGAGGAAAACAUUUUUCCCUUCCUAUCCCAAAUGUGGUACAAAAUGACCAUACCACAAGAUGCCAUUUGACAAUCUAUUUUUUUUUUAACCAGGAACCAAUUAAUUGCAGUAAUCAAAUAAAUUCAACUUAAAUAAAUAAAUAUGAAAUAAAAAUAACUUCAAACUGAAAAGAAAUCAUUAAACCUAAAGCGAACAUGCAUGUGUGCCUUCAACAGAGAAAUACGUCUGCAUUUUCUGGAUGCGGGGUCUUUAAUGAGGUCAUUGUAUGACAACUGCUGUGUGAUGUCAUCAUAGCGCUCUUGACGAGUGCACGUUUUUUUUUUUUAAUGAGCUUCACUUUUUUUAAAGACUGAAGCAGGCAAAGUUACUGCAAUGCACAGGGCAAUCCAGAGAUUUGGAUAAUGUACAAUUACAAUGUAAAAACUACUACUGGUAUUGUUAAAGUACUAUCUCUUAUUAUACGCUAUGCAAAUACUAGCCUCCAACUGCGACUCUGAGUCAAUACUGUAAAUUGAUAGGACAUAAUUUGAUUGUCUAAUUAAUACGUUUACAUGAACCAAUAUAUUGGCUCCAGUUUAUCACCAUCGUUUUGGUCCUUUAUGACUCCUUUUCGUCCGAUGAAUGUACAGGGCGUUAACAACAUAUCGUCACUGCCGGGCGAAAUCUUCGUACUCUCAAAAUGACAACUUUUCAGGAAAUCCUCCCCAAUACGCCAUCUUGCUUGUGUUGCCGUGACAGCGCUUUAUUCAAUAUCUCAUUGUUGUGAAAUACACAGCACACUCACAUCAACACACCACUCAAAUAAAUUAAUUUUGCUGUUUUAAAAAAAAAAACGACCUCACAAAUCUACAAAAAAACAAGAAAUGGUCAUUAUUUAUGUUGAUUUUUUUUUCCAUUCACAGUACCUCCUUGUCUUUGCCCAACUCCUUCCUCAUCGCUAGUGUUCCCAGCCACCUGAUAUUUUAGGCGGCCCGAAGACUGCAGAAGUUCAAAUCGCUGAGCUAGUUAACCAGCCAAUCACCUUUAAGAGCUACUGAGCUGAGAGCAAGACUCCGCCCACCCCAUUGCCUUGUUUGCCUUCUUUCAGGAGUGAUCUUUCUCCCUCUUUCCCAACUGGAAAGCACAGGACCAUUUCUCCACUUCUCACUGCUGUGAUAGACUCAUGAUGGACGCUGACUACCGAUUUACAAACUCAAAGAAGAGUUGUUGUUGUUUUAUUCCCUGAAAAGUAACGACAAGGGCUUUUGUACCCUUGUUCAUCUAUUUAGAUUUUGUUCCUGGUCACUCACACUUGUCACACUCUGGGAUUUUUAUUUUUAUUUUUUAAUGAAAAAGAGGCAAUUCCUUUUUGGGAUGCAACACACUUAAGCUGCAAUAAAAACUGGAGUCCAAACAUGCACCAACACACAAAUACACACACACACAGUAUUUAUAUCACCUUACUUCGGAUGGUAUAAUGUUAUUCUGUGACUAACAUGAAAGUGAACAUGUGUUUCAUACAAGUAAAACUGUCUGAACAGCUCAUGUUCAAAAUAGAAAAUAUACUGUAUAUCGAUGUUUUUUUUCUCCGAAACCUUAAGUGGGGUGAUGCAGAUACACAUGCUUACUAUGUAUAUCACCAUCCUUUAGGACAGGGGUGUCGAACUAAUUUUUUAUCGCGGGCCAUUUCAGAGAUAUGACUUCCCUCAGGGGGCCGGUGCAAAGUCUCAAAGUUAUUUAUGACCCAUGACAAUUUGACAUUUUGUUUCAGAUUUCAGCAAGAAUCAUGAUAGUUGACACACAUGAUUUGCUCCCGCGGGCCACAUAAAAUGACGUAGGGGACUGGAUUUGGUCCACGGGCCUUGACUUUGACACCUAUGCUUUAUGAGAUUCGACUGUAGUAUAUUUAUUUAUUUAUAAGUACACUGGAACCUCUUGGGUCGAAUACAAUCUAUUCUGAGAUGCUGGUCAACCUCCAAUUUUAUUAUUAUUUCCAUUAUAAAACCUCUUAACUGAAUCAACAGUGUUUUGCAUGACAUUUUAAUAUUCUCAACUGUUACACAACUUCAAGAAAAUAUUAACCACUGUUAGGAGUGGUGCCUUGAGAUAUGAAUUGAAUUCAUUCCGUGACCGCGCUCGUAACUCCAAACACACAUCUCAAAUUGCCAUGAAUCUGUUCCAGCCUCUGCAAAAAAAAGACAAAAUAAAA